AUGAAUGACCCCAUCGCAAAAGUGACGAUAGGAGAUUCGACAGCGGCCAUCCUAGCAGGCGGUAGGGUCUACGUGCAUUCACUGAACGCAGCGGAGGAAGCAGGGAACAAGUGUACCCUCGAGUGUCUUCCCAACAAAGACAGUCGGGCCUCUGCCACUGCAUGUGCGCUCGCUGACGGAUUUCUGGUGGUCGCUCACUCGGAGACAUACAUGACAUAUUUCUCAGUUGCUGAGAAAGCAGGCUUCUGCGAAUAUCAGCACUCAGCCCGAAUUGUGUCCCUCUUCCCCAAUCGACCGUGUACGAAAACGGUUUUCCAGGACAAGGAUGGUGGCGUUUUUCUUCACAACCCCUGCACGGAAACAUGCGUCAGGGUCGUAAAGACUGACAAACCAUUGUCAACAGUCCUGUGGGACGUGAACGAUCCAACGAUAUUUGUGUGCUGUAUGGAAAACGAAGUGACCACUUACUGCUACAUGCCAUAUUAUCUCCAAGGGGAAACGGUCAUGGAGGUAAGUGACUGCCCGAUCUCCAGGACAUUCGAACGUGCACUCUCACCUCGUGAUGGAACAGCAUCGCGCAGCUGCCGCAUCGAAAGACAGCUUCGGUUCCUUGGUAUUCUCACGUACCAGCUUCCAUCGGGGCAGCUGGCGACAGAGUGUUUAAAAACUCAUAAUUCAGUCGUCUUGGAACACAAAGCACCCUUGGAGAGACAGAUAUGGGAAAUGCUGGGAAAAGCAGCGUUGGACCAGAUGGACCUCGAAUUGGCCGAAAAAGCGUACCAGCGAAUUCCCAGGGCAGACAUACUUAUGUGGCUGAACGGCAUUCGCCAGCGAAGUGAAGAGAAACUCGUUGCAAUGGGCAAUAUCUACGCACACAUGGAAGACUACGACAAAGCGGCAGAAUCGUUCUUGAAGUCAAAGCAAGCAACUCUCGCUCUCGAUCUUCUAGUUGACUUGCAGAACUGGGACAGGGCUUUGAUUUUGGCUCAGACUUUAGAUCCGAAGAGGCUCGCCCCUCUCAACCUCCGGUACGCACAUGAUCUCGAGGCGGAAGGCAAACAUCAAAAAGCUUUGCGUCAUUAUGAACGCGCUCGGGAGUUGUUCAGCAGAUCAGAGGGUCACUGGCAACCGGAGCGACCGGCGGACGAAGCCUCAGCCGCAUCCCCGAGCGAACGUGCAGGGCAAGAGAAGGAGAACCGCGGAAACAGAAGAACGUUUCCAACACCGAAAGUGUCACAACCCCAGCGGAUCUGUCUCGCUGGCAUCGCACGAUGUGCCAUACGAAUAGGGGAAAUCCAGCGCGGGAUGCAGAUGGCUGUCGAUCUCGGUGACCGUGCAGUACUCCACGAAUGCGCUUCUCUCCUUGAAGACCUCAAGCAGUUCGCGGAAGCAGCCAGUUUUCAUGAGAAGACGGGAAACACUGACAAGGCGGUUGCCUUGUACAUCCAGGCACACGAUUUCGUAGCAGCUGCACCAUUGAUGAGGCAGAUAGAAUCACCCAAGCUCCAACGUAUGUUUGCAAAGGCGAAGGAGGAACAACGCUGCUUCCACGAAGCGAUGGAAGCUUACGCAAGAGCGAAAAAUUACCAAGCCGUUGUCCGAAUCCUGCUUCAUGAACUUGGACAAGAGCAAGAAGCUUUUGACCUGGUCCGCACAACAGGUUCUGCCGCGGCAGCGGAGACCGCAGCGGACUUUUGCAGGAAGCAAGGACGCAUCAAGGAGGCGGUGGCGUUUUUAGUGGCCGCGGGCCGCGUCCAAGAGGCGAUGACUCUUGCUGAAGAGCGGGACGAAAUGGAGGCGUUUGUCCAAAGUGCUGGCGAUAAAACAGAGCCAGAUAUUCAGAAACGCAUAGCUGUAUAUUAUGAGAAGCAGAACCUGCCUGUACAAGCGGCGCGGCAUUAUGCCAACUGUGGAAACGCAGAAAAAGCGCUGGACUUAUACUUGAACGCAGACGUACCCGCGUAUGAUGCAGCCAUUGAACUCGUGAGCCGGUUUAGACAACAACCUCUUACUCGAACACUUCAAGACUUCCUUGAAGGCGUAUCCGACGGCGUUUCAAAAGACCCAUCAUUUCUUCACAAACUCCAUAUGGCCCUAGGGGACCAUGUAGAAGCGGCAAAAUAUGCAUGCAAAGUGGCACGAAAAGAGCAAGAGGAAGGACAUUACAAGGUGGCUCAUGAUAUCUUGUUCCGAACAUGGAAGAACCUAGAGGCGGAGAAGCUGCCUCUUCCCCAGGAGAUCUUCAACCAUUUUGCGUCACUUCACUCUUACAUCCUCGUCCGACGGUUAAUGCGAGCAGGUGACCUCACCGUCGCCGCUUAUCUCCUCGAGAGGGUAUUACAAAACAUACAUGAAUUUGAGGCGCAUGCGCCGUCUAUCAUGACCUCGGCUAUUCUGGCGUUUCAGAGAGCCUCUAUGAAGCAUCGAGCCCACAAGUACUCGAGGCAGCUUCUAAUGAAACCCGGGCACCGGCAGGAUAUCCCAGAUAAGCAUAAGCGUACGGUCGAGGCGUGCGCGAGGAAACCGCCGUCGUCUGCCGAGGCCGACCCUGAACCUGCGUGUUCACCGUGCCCUUUCUGCGCCGCUCCUCUCCCAGAUUUCACGUUGUCAUGUGACGCUUGUCAGCAUGUUUCUCCCUUCUGCAUUGCAACCGGGAAGCACUUGGUAGCUGGCGACUGCGCCAUGUGCCCCCACUGUAAAUUUCCUGCGCGAGCGACCGCUCUCCAAGAUCUCCUUUCCACAGAAGAGACUUGCCCCAUGUGUGAAGCUGCGCUGGCGCCAGGAGAGAUUGUCCUUGCAGGUGCAAACUCUUUUCUUCGACGAGCGAACAUAGAGAGGCAAGCGAUGUGCACAUCCGAACUUUCUGAGACUGAGUCUCACGACGACGAAGAUAUGGGGUCAAAAGCAACGAAGAGGCAAGAGGAAAACAUCGUGUCCAUCCUUGAUGCUUUCGAAACUGUGGGUUCCACUGCGGAGAGCAACUCUCGAACUGCUGCAGAGCCACCGUCCCCUGAAAAACGAUGCUAAAUU